AUGAAUAAUUUUUGGAAUCAGGUAGCAAAUAAUCCCAAUGUGCGAGCAGCCCGCGAGGCGAUAGAGAACAUGCCGCCCCCUGUCAAAAAAGUUGCCAAAGUAGGGGCGAUAGGAGUAGGGACUGGUGUAGCUGUAUUUGCAGUUCCCCCUUUGCUGGGAUUCACCGCUUCUGGCGUUGCAGCGGGAUCUGUGGCUGCAGCCAUUCAAUCUGCGGUGUACGGAGCUGCUGUGCCGGCUGGUAGCCUGUUUUCAAUUAUGCAAUCGGUUGGCGCAACGGCAACGAUCGUCCCGGCGCUAGUGGCUGGUGCUAGUGCUACAGGCAUUGCCGGUGCUGUAGAAGCGGGACAGGGCCAAGGACAGGGCCCCGAUGACAACGGAGAACAACGAGAGGACGGAGAUAAAGAAGCUCAAGAGGAUAAAGAAAAUGAAGACCUGGAGAAGCAGAGUGAAGGGGAAAAUCAAAAUCCUGUCAAUGAAGGGAGGUCACAGCGUGCAAGUCUCAGAGAGAGGUUACACAAACUUGUCCAAGAUCGAUCGCCAUACGAUCAAGGUAUCCUUCAAGUCUCCAGCCCUGAUGAAGACCAAGGGUCGAUAAGUUGUGGCCGCCGCCGCGCAGGAAUCGCCACUGCAGCUGCAAGUGAAGACAAGGGUGACGACAAAGACUCCGGAAACGGCAGGAAUAGUGGGGGGCGCUCCUCAAACAACGGCGACGAGGGAGGGAGAACUGGGGACGGGAGCAGUGGAGGUAGAGGUCGCGAACAACAUCAAGGCCGGAGCCGCGAUAGGAAUGGUAGAGGCCGGAACCGUGGCAGCCAAAACAACAAUGAGCGCAGGAGUGACGAUGAGAGCAAGGAAGACGAUGAUAGUGACGAUGAUUCGCAGGAGUGGACACUAGAAACAUGUGGUCCCCCACCUCCUUAUGAGGACGAAAUCGUUCGUGCUCAGCAUAGACUCAGCACUGAAGAUGACUUCUUGGAAUCAAGACUUCCUAAAAAUAAGACUAAACGAGUAGUCUCAAAUACAGAGGUAGAAUCGUUCACGGGAUAA